AUGAGGCCUUUGGAAGCCGCUUGGUAUCUUCUCCUGGUGUUGCUGGUGGCUCAGCGACUGCCUGAAUCAUCCUGCAUGGACAAUGACAAUUACCGGUACAGGCACUUCCUGAGCCAGCACUAUGACAAUCCCAAGAGCAGUUUUAGUGGCAAAUACUGCAAUGCCAUCAUGUCCAAGCGGGAUCUCACCAGGCCUGAGUGCAAAGACACAAAUACCUUCAUCCACGGCACCAAAAAAAAAAUCAAGGCUGUGUGCACAGAUGGUGGGGUUCCCUAUGGGGACCAGCAGCGAAGUAAAAACUACUUCAGAGUCACCACGUGCACCCUCCAGGGAAUCCCGACCCACCAUCCGUGCAAGUACAGAGAAAACACCACGCCCAGAUACAUCGUCAUUGGCUGUGAUGGUGACUGGCCCGUCCACUACGAUGAAAGCCAGAUUGUGACAACUGUUUGA